CACUCGCCAACCCCAGACCAUCAGAACAAACAGCAGUACUUUGAGGACAAAUAAUUUUCUGUUAUGCAAAAUAGUCGUCGUUUCAGCAGAAGAUGUUUUCGCUCUGGCUGCAGAGACGGAGGUUUUUAGGGUCUGCUGGUGUUUCAGCUCCAUGACAGAAACAUGGAGACUCUCUGUCCAGUGGCAGCACAAAUAUUUUUGUCUCAGUUGCAUCAAGGCAUGCAAGUGGUGGCAUUUUUACUCUGUAGGUCUGGGCACAGGUAUGUGAUGAUUAAUGGGUCAAAUAUCUGGCCCCGUAAAUCACAGUGAGAUCAGGAGAAAAUGGUCGUUUCUUGGGAUGUCGCUCUCUAAAAACACAAGUCUGACAUUUAAAUGUGCAAAACAGACGGAAUGAAAAUGCAGAAGAAAAUCUGUCAGUUUGAUCUGUUUAGUAUGCUGCGAAUACAUGAGCACCAACAAAAAGAAAAAAAUGACAUAAAUAAUAUUAGUAGGCAGGGAGAGAAAGGGGGAGGAGAGGGGAGGAGAGGGGGAGACAGAGACAGAGCACAGGGAUAAAAUGAAAGAAGUGAAGCUUGGUUUGAUUCAGGCAGUGACCAGGGCCAAUAGGAAAAACCCUCCCAGUCUUGAGGAGGGAAGAGGAGGCGGUAGGAAUUCAAACUAAGGCUGAGUUUACAGUGAGUCAAAAAACUCACCAAGACAGACAGACAGAAGGACAGAGAGACAGACAGAAGGACGGGAGGUUGUCUCCACAGCACUGAGAUGGUGGCUGACUGUGACUCAAACCAGGAGCUUCGCUGUUAAAUGUGACAACAAGAAAACCAAGAAGAGAGUCGACAGAGGGAGGAAGUAACGCAGACGUACAGGGCUUCCCAGGACGAUGGUAAACUGACUGUGUCCAAGACUGUUACUCUUUAGCAGGGGAGGAAAGAGGAGCCGGGACAAUCCUGCGGAUACUACAGAUUGCGUUGCCAUGGAAACUCAAACUUGGAAGCAGGCGCCAGGACCAGUGAAGGUGGACAACCAUCCCUGAUUUCAUCUGUGACACGUUACUGUGGUGAGAGAAUGCUGUGGAGAAUAACCCUCCCGGUCAUCCUGGCUGGGGUGCUGUGCAUCACUGCGGCGACCAAAAAGCCACGCCCCCAGGGGUCCAUACCGUCCCCCUACAAGACUAAAGGGAACCUGUCCUCGGAACGUCACCAUCGGUUACUGCAGCAGAAACCCGAGGUGCUGUCCUCCAGCCGAGAGGCUCUGGUGGUGACGGAACGGCGCUACCUCCGCAGAGACUGGUGCAAAACCCAACCGCUGCGUCAGACCAUCAGCGAGGAGGGCUGCCGCAGCCGCACCGUGGUCAACCGCUUCUGCUACGGCCAGUGCAACUCCUUCUACAUCCCCCGUCACAUGGGCCCCAGCUCCGGCCAAGGCCAGAGCCGAGGCCAGGGUUCAGGUUCUGGGCGGAAAAACCACAACAAGGCCCAAGAGCCUUUCCAGUCCUGCUCCUUCUGCAGGCCUCACCGCAUCACACAGCUCACGGUGCAGCUGGACUGUCCAGACCUGCAGCCUCCUUUCAGACACCGUAAAGUGCAGCGGGUCAAACAGUGUCGCUGCAUGUCUGUGGACGUGAGCAAUCAUGGAAAACUGUGAAGGGUCACGUUAAAGACCCCCACCCCCUCAAAGAGAGUCAAAAACUGCCUUCAAACUAAGACAAACUGUUUCCCGAGUAAUGGCCAGUCUCACUUUAAGGACACGAACCGUGGAGCUGUUACUAUCAAAGGACAAACGCUUGAUUUAUUCAGCCUUUUUUUUGAUAAGAUGAAGCUGCUGAAAGAAACUGUUCCCAGUGACUGUGCACCAGAGACACACUCAAACUCAUGUUCACUGUUUGUUGUUUGUACAUGAGGUGAAUGAUUCCUCUGUGGAAAAGGCCUGUUUGCAGAAAGACCUCAGUCAUAUUGACCCUUGAAAUUCAUGUAAUUCAUAAAUAUAAAUCAUAUGGAGAACUCAUAGCUCAUUUUUAUACCUGUGUUUUUGGUACAUUUGGUACUGAUGUGGCGAGAAGGAAGGAAAGUACCGGUGUUUUUUGGGACCUCAGAAUAUUAUGGACACGGGGAAGAUACUAUACCUUCAAUGCAGUGCUUUUAAUAAAAUAAAAAUAAACUGUACCCUGUAAA